AUGGCCGACUACUUUGACGGCGAGGACGCCGACCUGAUGUCCUCGUCCUCCUCCAACCACUCGUCCUCGGACGGGGACGGCGGCGGCGGGGACAGCAACGACAGCAGCGCACACCGGGCGCCGCAGCCGCCGCCGCCGUCGCAGAACUUCUUCGCGCCGCCGUUCUACGGGCGGCCGCCGACGCCGCUGCCGCCGUCGCCGUCGCUGACGUCGCUGCUGCGGCCGUCGCGGCCGACGACGCCGGACGCGUCGGACGACGAGAACCAGGCCAACGGGGCGCUGGAGCCGGCCGUGGCGCGGGCGUCGCCGCGCGUCCCGACGUACGAGUACUACGGCUUCGUGCUGUACCUGUUCUCGACGCUGGCCUUCGGCAUGUACCUGCUGUGGGCCUACCUGCCGUCGGCCUUCCUGCACGCCAUGGGCAUCUACUACUACCCGAACCGCUGGUGGGCCCUGGCCGUGCCCGCCUUCCUCGUCAUGCUCAUCGUCUACAUCUACGUCGCCCUGGCCGCCUACAACACCGAGUAUCUGACCCUGGGCCUCGGCAACCUCGAGACCGUCGUUGAUGACGCCGCCAAGGUCGCCGCCGUGGGUGAUGGCGAGAGGGGCCACGACAAGGGCGCCAGGGCCCGCGCCGGGGCGGCGCCUUGGGGCUCCGGUAGGGUCUUCGGCCCCGGGGAGGAGACGGACUGGCGACGGGUAUGGGAUCGGGGCACUGACGCUGUCAUGGAUAUACCGCUAGCCGGGGUGAACGAGGUGCUGUACGGGUACGCGGAUGGGGAUGAUGAGGACGGGGAUGCUUCGUAA